AUGGAUGUCUUAAAGACUGACCUGUGUUACCAGAGCUCCACUGUCAUGGCUGUCCAAGAGGCCUCAGAGGCUUAUCUCAUAGGACUUUUUGAGGACAUCAACCUCUGUGCCAUACAUGCCAAGAAGGUCACCAUUAUGCCCAAAGACAUACAGCUGACAUGCAGGAUUUGUGGAGAGAGGGGAGUGUAG